CAACUUUUGCGUCGUUCACAGGUCUCCUCCGAGCCGCCGGCCUCCGUCCGAAAAACAGAUGACGCCCCCUCCCAAGUCCCCACGUCUUCUGAGAAGGACAGACAGUCUGGCUGGCUGCGGACCCUGGCCAGCUCCUCCGGCAAGAGCCUUGGCUGCGUUCACCCUCGCCAGCGCCUUUCCGCUUUCCGACCCUGGUCCCCUGCGGUUUCUGCGAGUGACAAAGAGCUCUCCCCGCACCUUCCAGCCCUGAUUCGAGACAGCUUUUACUCCUACAAGAGCUUUGAGACGGGUGUGGCCCCCAACGUGGCCCUGGCACCGCCGGCCCAGCAGAAGGUCGUGAGCAGCCCGCCCUGUGCCACCGUGGUAUCCCGGGCCCCCGAGCCUCUGGUCACCUGCAUCCAGCCACGGAAGCGGAAGCUGGCCGUGGACACCCCCGGAGCCCCGGAGACGCCGGCGCCCGUGGCCGCCCCAGAGGACGGCAAAGACUCGGAGGCCGAGGUGGAAGUGGACAGCAGGGAGGAAUUCACCUCCUCCCUGUCCUCCCUCUCCUCCCCGUCCCUUACCUCAUCCAGCUCCGCCAAGGACCUGAGCUCCCCGGGCAUGCACGCCCCGCCCGCCGCGCCCGCCGCCCCCGAGGCCGCCGCCCCCGCGGACACCGCGAGCGGAGGGCUGGAGGCAGAGCUCGAGCACCUGCGGCAGGCCCUGGAGGGCGGCCUGGACACCAAGGAAGCCAAAGAGAAGUUCCUGCACGAGGUGGUGAAGAUGCGCGUGAAGCAGGAGGAGAAGCUGAGCGCCGCCCUGCAGGCCAAGCGCAGCCUCCACCAGGAGCUGGAGUUUCUGCGCGUGGCCAAGAAGGAGAAGCUUCGGGAAGCCACGGAGGCCAAGCGCAACCUGCGAAAGGAGAUCGAGCGCCUCCGGGCAGAGAACGAGAAGAAGAUGCGCGAGGCCAACGAGUCCCGGCUGCGCCUGAAGCGGGAGCUGGAGCAGGCGCGGCAGGUGCGGGUGUGUGACAAGGGCUGCGAGGCCGGCCGCCUGCGCGCCAAGUACUCGGCCCAGAUCGAGGACCUGCAGGUGAAGCUCCAGCACGCGGAGGCGGACCGCGAGCAGCUGCGGGCCGACCUGCUUCGGGAGCGCGAGGCCCGGGAGCACCUGGAGAAGGUGGUGAAGGAGCUGCAGGAGCAGCUGUGGCCGCGGCCCCGGCCCGAGGCCGCCGGCAGCGAGAGCGCGGCCGAGCUGGAGCCCUAGCGGAGCCGGCGGUCGGCCGGG